AUGAGAGCAAUCAUCAUCGGUGGUGGACUCGCAGGCCCCGUUCUAGCCCUUGAGCUACAGCGCCGGGAGAUAUCUUGCAAAAUAUUCGAGCGGCGCGACAACGCUGCGUUCGACGGCGGCAAUAUUGCCCUUUCGCCAAAUGCGCUUCGUGUCUUGGAUCACAUGGGCGUGUAUGACCGGGUAGCGAAACAGGGCUGGAACUACGAGGAAUUCCAGAUCCUGUCGUCCCGGAAUUUGCGUCAUAUUGGAAUGAUCUUGAACGGCAGUCAGCAGAGAUACGGAUACAAGGCUCUCAGGAUCUCCCGCCGCACCGUCAGACAGACCCUCCUGGGGACUCUCCACGAACGAGGCAUCGAAGUCCGCUACGAUUCCAAACUAGUCGGCAUCCAGGAGACAGACCGGUCCACCGUGAUCGCGACAUUUGCCGAUGGGUAUACUGAGGAAGCCGACUUUUUGAUCGGAGCUGAUGGCAUCCACUCCCGUGUCCGGGAAUACCUCAAUCCCCAGGCUAUCCCCAGCUUCAGUGGCCAGAUGGGCAUCGGCGGGUCUGUUUCAAGGUCAAAGCUGCCAGCAUCCAGCGCCGACAUGUACAUGCCUUGUCUGAUACUCGGGAAGCUCAACUCGUUCCUGCUUAUGCCUUGUACCUAUUCUGGUGACCAGAUUGACUGUGCAGUGACGGUGGAGGGCAAGGACCGAACACGUGAGGAAUGGACUCAGCUGCAAAAUGACAAACCCGCUCUCUACCAGCACCUACAAUCUCUCCACGAGCAUGAGAAGUGGCCGGAAGUGGUGCAUGUUGCUUCCAGAGACGUGGAGCUGUCCAGCCUCUCACUCUGGCCGUUCUUCGAUCUGCCUGACCUUAGCUCCUGGACCAGUCCGUCUGGCAGAGUGAUUGUCAUUGGUGAUGCGGCCCAUGCCAUGCCGCCGACGGGCGGGCAAGGGGCCGCCAUGGCUUUUGAAGACGCCUUCACUUUGGCCGACACCCUCGCCCUGAUUGACAGCAAGGAAGCUGCCGUCCCCACGGACAUCCUCAACCAGUGGCAGGACGUACGGCAGGCGCGUGUCAGGAAGAUCCGCAAGUUCACUUCGAGCGGAGGUGACAUCAGAAAAUCUUCGACCAGCACAUAUGUACAAGUCUUCAAAGAGUGGGUAUUGCGCAUAUAUUUCUGGUGCGUCGGCAAGGAGCGCGGCACGUCCUGGAUCUAUGCAUAUGACCCAAAGGCAGCACUGGCGUGA